AUGAGCUCGAGUGGCGGCGACAGCGUCUUCCCUGUCCCCAAGCCACCACAGUCCGGCGUAAAAGCUGCUCUGCAAUACACAGGGAUACCCCCUUCAUGGCUUGACAAGCGGCCCUCACUACCUUCGCGCAACUGGCUCAUCUUCCUCGGUGUCACCUCCUCCGUCAUAGGCUACUACAUCUACGACAGGCAGCAAAGCAAGCAGAUCCGUCAGCAGUACGUGGACAAGGUCAAGCACUUUGCACAUGUGCCGCUACAUAGCCUCGAUUAUCCCCGCAAGGUCACUGUCUAUGGCUCCAAAUGGCCCGGAGACGAGGACCAUGACCGGAGCAUGAAAUACUUUCGGAAGUACGUCAAGCCCAUUCUCGUAGCGGCUGCAGUGGACUAUGAGAUGAUUGGCGGUAAACGUCACGGCGAUCUUGCGAGACGAAUUGCAGAGGAAAUCCGGUCGCAGCGCAGAAUUGCACUCGGGCUGGAUAACCCACCACAAAUGCCUGUGAUCCUCCCCAAUUCGUCGCCAGAGGACAGGCGGCGGCGUGCAUUGGAGGGCGGCAUCAUUAUCGUCGGCCGACCAACGCUCAAAGAGUUCAUGGCUGGUCUUAAACAAGGCUGGAGUAAUAGCCUGGACGUGGUAGACAGGGAAGAACAGCUCUCCAAGGAACUCGAGAACGAUGGUAGGUUCGACGAGCCAGAACCUGAACCAAGUGCGGACGGUUCGGACGUGGACGGCGAGCCUAUCCCAACCGCGUCACGACUCCCUUCAUCCAUACCCGUCUCCCCAUUCACUCCACUACAGUUCCGUGGGCCCGCCCCACCACCACCCUCUGACCAAAUUCCUUCGUCUAUGAACAGCCCGCCUACCCAGAUACCCCCACAACCUCCAAUUCUUUUCGUCCCCUUCCUAAAUUUAAUUGGUUUCACGCAGAUCCCACGCAUGAUAUGGGACUUCUUCAAUGAGCGCCAUAAAGUCCGCGCUGGAGCCGAAGGCGCCUACUGGCUCGUCAUGAACCAGACACGUCCGUUCACUGCCCCACCUCCAGAGGACCUCCGACAAAAUGCCUUCGCGGAUGCCGACCCCACAACAUCCUCAGGCCAGCCCGAUCUCUCUGAAAUCACUCCUUCUGAUCUCGACUUUGACCGAGGUAUUGAAGCCUACUACAAACAGUCUCUCAUUAAAUUGUUCGCGUCGGACAUCGAGAAGGUGCGCGCGGAAUACUACUCCGCGCUUCCUGCGAAGCUGGAGACUGCACGUGCCCUUGCGCGGGGCGCCCGCGAACCAACGAAGGAGGAGCGGAACUAUCCGCCACCAACCGAGGUGGAAUUGCGUGCAGAGAGGAUGAAGAAGGAGUUGCGGUGGCGGGGAGACGAGCAGGGUUGGGAUAUCAUCAAACCAGAGAAGGAUGCAGAAUGGGAUGAGAGGUUCAGGAAUGUGCUGAAGGUAUUCGUAGCGCCUUCGUCCGAUGCGGACGACACGAUAGAGAGGAGCACGCCAUCAUGA